CGCGGACAAUACCGGCGGCGGCUCGGCCUCCAUCGGCUCCGCUCGGCCCCGAUCGGCUCCGCUCGGCUCCACCCCGACUGGCCCCGCCCCGACUCGGCCUCGCUCGGCUUCACUCGGCCUCUCUCGGCCCUGCCCGGCCCGGCCGCGCUCGGCUCGGCUCGGCCCCGCUCGGCUCGGCCCGGCCCGGCCCAGCUCCGCUUUGCUCGGCCCGGCCCGGCUCGGCUCCGCUCGCCUCAACUCGGCCCCGCUUAGCGCGGCCCGGCCCGGCCGGCACCAUGCUGGCGCUUUUCAACAAGCUGCUGGACUGGUUCCGGGCGCUGUUCUGGAAGGAGGAGAUGGAGCUGACCCUGGUGGGGCUGCAGUACUCGGGCAAGACCACCUUCGUCAACGUUAUCGCGUCAGGACAGUUCAAUGAGGACAUGAUCCCAACAGUGGGCUUCAACAUGAGGAAGAUCACCAAAGGAAAUGUCACCAUAAAGCUCUGGGACAUCGGGGGACAGCCGCGGUUCCGCAGCAUGUGGGAGCGAUACUGCCGUGGAGUGAGUGCCAUUGUGUACAUGGUGGAUGCUGCUGACCAGGAGAAGAUCGAGGCCUCUAAGAACGAGCUGCACAACCUGCUGGACAAGCCCCAGCUGCAGGGCAUCCCGGUCCUGGUCCUGGGGAACAAGAGGGACCUGCCCGGUGCCUUGGAUGAGAAGGAGCUCAUUGAGAAGAUGAACCUCUCUGCCAUCCAGGACCGAGAGAUCUGUUGCUAUUCCAUCUCCUGCAAAGAAAAGGACAACAUUGACAUCACCCUACAGUGGCUUAUCCAGCACUCGAAGUCCAGGCGGAGCUGAGGGCCCUGGCUGGAUGGAAGCUGCCAUUGUCCCAGCCCAUCCUCUCCCUCCUGCUCUGUACCUCCAGCUCUCUCUCUCGAUGGGUAUUUUUAGGGGACCCCAGGCUCUGCUGACAUUGGGGCAGAGUCCUUGUUUUUAUUGUAAAGAAGAUGUCUGACUGCCCUCCUGUCCCCUGUCCUCUCCUGCCCUCUCUUCCUCCAUUUUGGCACUGUUCUGUUGUUGUCUGUGUAUACAGUAUAUAUAUAUGUAUAUAUAUUUUAAUUUUUUAAUUUAAGGGAUAGUGCUGUUAUUAAAUUGGGCCCUGUGAGCAGUAGGAAAGCUGGGGCUCCCCAAGGCCAGCCAGGGGUCAGCAUUGGGAGGAGGAGGAGGAGGAGGAGGAGGAGGGUGGUAGCAGAAGGCAGCCCUUGGGGAUGGGGCUGUGCCAGCUGCAGGCUGGUCCCUGGGGCUCCCCUUUCCCUUCUCUGGGUGUCCUGCUGCUGCCUCCAGGCAAGGACCACCCUGGGGGUGUUGGGGGUGCCCACCUUGCCCCGCCUGCCUCGGGUUUGGGGUUGGGGGGAUGUGUCAAUGCCACCUGCAGGCUCCUCACCCCUCUGGGGGACAGGGAUUGGCCACAAGCCACUGCCAUCAGCCUCCCCCGGCUGCCUCCACUUCCCCAGGCCUUCUUUGGGGUCCAGGGCCACUUGUCCCCCUGCCCCACAUGUCCCCUGCUCUUAUGCCUGGCCAAAUCCUGCCCAGUGCCCAGCCUGGCUGCUGGGGGAUGAUCUGGGGCACUGGUGCCAGUGCUGGGGGCCCAGCAGUGCCAGCAGCCCCUGGGGGAGCUGGGGCUGGCACCUGCAGCCCACCUGUCCCCUGUAACCUCCCAGGGGAGCUGAGCUGGCUCCCCACGUGCCAAGGGGCAUCACCUGUGCCCAGCUGGGGCUGCUGGCUCUGCCCUGGCCAGGCACAUCCCUUGGGAUGCCAGGGAGGGAGGGAGGGACACGUGGAGGCACCUGGAGAGAUGUUCAGAAAUAUCUGUGCACCCUCAGUGCUGCUCACAGACCCAGGGGUGUGCUCUGUGCCUGCUCCCCAUGCCCCAUUCCCCAUUCCCUGCUCCCCAUGCCCCAUUCCCCAUGUUUGCUCCACAUUCCUACUCCCUGUGCUCUGCUGUUUGUGCCUGCUCCCCAUUCCCUGCUCCCU